AUGACAGAACUUGAUCUAGCCCAUCAAGACGAUACUUCGUCACAUACUACAGAUAUUAGUAAUAUCACAGAAAAAAAGAUAAAUAUAACUAACGAACAAAUUUUAAUACUUCCAAAUAGUUCAUCUUCAGAUGUGGACGAUAAUGAUAUCAAAGAAUUUGGUUUUGAUAAAAAUGAUCUGGAGCUUCAGAAGCAACAUUUAGUCCAGGAUAUGUCGGUUUGGGAAGGUGAUGUCUCCGAUAUGAAUAAUUCUCCUUACCCAGAUGUCAGAGCUGUUGUUCCAAUUGAUGAUGAUUCAAGUAUUACAUUAAAUCAUUGGAGAACUUGGUUUUUAACAACCAUUUUCGUGAUAAUUUUUGCUGGUGUUAACCAAUUUUUCUCUCUAAGAUAUCCAUCAUUAACAAUAAAUUUUUUAGUGGCUCAGGUUGUUUGCUUCCCAGUGGGAAAAUUAUUUGCUCUUCUACCAGAUAUCAAAUGUAAACGAUUAUCAUUCUUCGAUUUAAACCCGGGACCGUUUACUAAAAAAGAGCAUGCCGUAGUUACCAUUGCCGUAGCAUUAACUUCUUCGACAGCUUAUGCAAUGUAUAUCUUAAAUGCUCAAAUAAGUUUUUAUAAAAUGGAUGUGAAUGCCGGUUAUCAACUACUUUUAGUAUGGACUUCACAAAUAUUAGGUUAUGGUGCUGCUGGAUUAACAAGGCGUUGGACAGUUUAUCCAGCAAGCUGUAUAUGGCCCCAAACAUUAAUAUCAGUUUCAUUAUUCGAUUCCCUACACCAGAGAAAAGAAGCUAGAUCAAUAAUUAAUGGGUGGAGUAUAUCCAGGUAUACCUUCUUUUUAUGGGUAUUAAUUGGCAGUUUUGUAUGGUAUUGGGUACCAGGUUUCUUAUUUCAAGGUCUUUCGUAUUUUAAUGUAGUCUUAUGGGGAUCAAAGACCAGGAACAAUUUUGUGGUAAACACUCUGUUUGGUGCAGAGAGUGGUCUAGGUAUAUUACCAAUAUCAUUUGAUUAUACCCAAAUUUCACAGGCAAUGUCAGGUUCUGUAUUUGCCACACCAUUUUUUGUAUCUGCGAAUACGUACGCAUCGGUACUUAUAUUUUUUGUCAUUGUUCUACCUUGUCUGUACUUCACAAAUACUUGGUACGCUAAAUUCAUGCCUGUUAUAUCUGGUUCUACUUACGAUAAUACACAAAGUAAAUAUGAUGUUACCAAGAUCUUAAAUUCUGAUUUCAGUAUCAAUUUUGAAAAAUACAAGAAUUACUCUCCAGUCUAUAUCCCUUUCUCAUAUUUAUUAUCAUACGCUUUAAAUUUUGCUGCCGUCACUGCUGUAUUUGUUCAUUGCGGUUUGUAUCAUGGGAAGGACAUUUAUAUGAAAUUGAAGGAUAAACAUUUUGGUGGUGCUGAUAUUCAUAUGAGAACAUAUCUUAAUAAUUAUAGGGACUGUCCAGAUUGGUGGUAUGGUUUACUACAAGUUAUUACUAUUGCACUAGGAUUUGUCACGGUGUGUGCGUUUAAAACCCAUUUCCCAGCUUGGGCAUAUGUUGUGGCUCUUAUUAUUGCUUUCAUAAAUAUUGUUCCUCAAGGUAUCCUUGAGGCUAUGACAAAUCAACAUGUAGGUUUGAACAUUAUUACUGAACUAGUUUGUGGUUAUAUGCUACCAUUAAGACCUAUGGCUAACCUUUUAUUUAAAUUGUAUGGAUUUAUUGUCAUGAGACAAGGGUUAAAUUUAGCUAGAGAUCUGAAACUUGCCGUUUAUAUGAAAAUAGCUCCAAGGUUUAUUUUUGCAAUUCAAAUAUAUGCUACCAUUAUUUCUGGUUUAGUGAGCGUUGGUAUUCAAGAAUGGAUGAGAAAAAAUAUUGAAAAUUUCUGUAGUGCAGAUCAGAAGGAUGGUUUUACCUGCUCCAAUGGUCGUACUGUGUUUAAUGCCUCAAUUAUUUGGUCCAUGCCUAAAUAUCUUUUCAGUCCUGGUAGGAUUUAUAAUCCUCUUUUAUGGUUUUUCCUUAUAGGUGUUAUAUUAACCAUUAUCGUGUAUAUUGUCCAAAGAAAAUUCCCAAACAACGAAUUCUUGAAACAUAUUCACACACCAAUCUUCUUCACUGGACCAGGUGGUAUUCCGCCUAGUACUCCAUAUAACUAUUCCCUAUUUUUUGCAAUGUCGUCUAUUCUGUUUACAAUUAAAAGGUAUUGGCCAAAAUGGUUCAGUAAAUACAAUUUUGUGAUGGGUGCCGGUGUUGAAGCUGGUGUAGCUAUAGCUGUUGUUGUUAUAUUUUUGUGUGUCCAGUAUCCUGGAGGUAAAUUAAAUUGGUGGGGAAAUAGUGUGUAUAAGAACACAUAUGACUACAAGUACAAAAAAUUCUAUACCUUGGAAAAAGGUGAAAAGUUUGGUUAUCAGAAUUGGUGGUAA